AUGAGCAUAAGUGGGACAAAAGAAACUAAAUUAAUAGUAAUUGGAGAAACAGGAAGUGGUAAAAGUUCUCUUGGUAACUUUAUCUUGAAGAAGAAAGUCAAUGUUUUUAAAGUUGGUGGUGGUGCUAAUUCAGUAACACAAGAAACAAGUGGGGUUUAUGGAGAAGGUGAUAGAAGGAAUGUAUUUGUUAUUGAUACACCUGGUUUUAAUGAUCCUAACGGUAAAGAAAAAGAGAAUGAUAAUGUUAAACAAAUGGUAAAAUAUAUUCAAUCACAAAGUGGAAUAAAAGCUAUUGUUAUAUGCUUAGAUAUUAAUAGUCCUCGAUUAUUAAAUAGUAUCAAAACAAUGAUUCAUAUUAUACAUGAUAUUUUUCCACUUUAUGAAUUUUGGGAACAUGUUUGUGUUGUAUGGACUAAAUGUUAUUAUUACACACCACAAAGCGUGGUUGAUAGAAUGAUUGAAUCUAAAAAGAAAAGCUUUAAAAACGAUUUGUUAAAAUUAGCCGAAGAAACAACUGGAGAUUCAAAUUUUGUUUUACCAAUGUAUUUUGUAGAUUCUGUCACAGAUGAACUAGUAGAUAACAGUAGGUCAGAGAAUGAAAUUAUAUCAAUGCUGAGUUGGGUACGUACUUUACCUUCUUUCAAAAUUAAAGAAGUAAAAAAUAUAAAAUUUCAUGAUACUUAUGUAGAAACGAAACAAGAAACAAAAGUGGUUGAAUUAAAACAUGAUUACAUGGAAUUAUCAAUCACUAAGAAGCAAAGAGAGAAAAGAGUUGGAUAUGAUGGAAGUAUUACUUACACAAAAUGGGUUGAUGUAAAGAAGAAAACCAAAAAUGAAAAAAUUCCAAAGAAUCUUGUUGGUGCUUCAAAAGAAGAUCUUCAACGGUUGAAAACAGAAAUUGGAGAUAGAAAGUUUGAGGGUGUAGUAGGUGGAGUUCUUAGUCGUGAUAAGUUGUUAUAA